GCACUGGGCAGCUCGGCCGGGGAUCUGAUGCGCGUUGCUUGGUUCCGCUGGGAAAGAGGUCCGCGGAGAUGGAGGUGACCGCUCUCGCUCCAAGAGCUGUCAGGAAGAAGCUCUGAUGGAUGCUUUGCCUCUGACACCAGGAGAGCUGGUGUGUUUAGGAUCCAGCCUGGCCUUCUCUGGUCUAUUUUAUUACCUACACAGGAAGAAGGCCAAGGUGGUGACCAAGAUCCAGGAAGCGCCAAAGCUUCAAGUCAAUGACAGUCUUCCCAGCAUCCUCUCUGCCACAGGAAGCAGCUGCCUACACUAUGUUGCCAUUGAAGGAGUAGUCCAGCCCGUCGAGGCGGCUCUGACCAGCCCAUACCAUGAAGAACUGCAGGGGGUGAUCGAGAGGCUGGUGCUAAAGGAGCAUCGACUGAUCUGGAAUAGCUUGGCCCGCAGCUGGACGGACAGCGAGCGGGUGGUACUGGAGCAAGUCCACACGGUGCCGUUUGUCCUGGCGUCCCCCAGCGGCAAGGCCUCGGGGCAGGUGUGCGUGGAGUCGCCCCUCCACGCUGUUGAGCUGCCCGUGGAGACGGUGUACGAGCGCUUCCAGCAGACCUCGCAUGGCUUCAAGGACUUGCUCAGCCACUACCUGAGUGGGGAGAAGCCAAAGGGCUUCCUGGAGACAGAAGAGAUGCUCCUGGUGGGGAGCAGCCUCACCGGCAUCGGCGAGCUCGCCCUGCACCGGGACGGCUCCCUCCACCUCCAGCCCCCGGCGGAUGGUACCGGCUACUUCCUGCGCCUCGGGGACUGGGAAACCAUCUUGGCUGACCUGCGCUCAGUCAGCAGCUUCUGGAAGUGGGCUUCACUGCUAUGCAGCUUGGCGGCUGUGGCUGUUGUCCUCCGUGCCCUUUGCCGAGCUUACCGCCGUCACAAGGUGCACCAGGAACAGGAGGCACAGCGGCAGGAGUUUGAGAACCUCCGGCGCCACCAGAGUGCUGGCCUGGAUCUGUCGGAAGAGCCGCCCGAGAACGCCUGCGUCAUCUGCCUCACCAGCCUCCGCGAGUGCGUCCUGCUCCCCUGUGGGCAUGUCUGCUGCUGCUUCCGCUGCUUCCAGGCCUUCCCCAGCCGCACCUGCCCCAUCUGCAGGAGCCCCAUAGACCGGGUGGUCCCCCUCUAUCAAGCCUGAGGGCACAGCUCUGGGUGAUGUUGAACGUGUCCCACUAGGUGCCCCCAGGAGAGCCUGCGAAGGUUAAGAGAACAGGCGUGUGUUUGCAUGGAAAGUGAGGGUCUCCUUUAGUGUUGGAGGGUGCAAACUCCACCACAUUUUCCUCCCCCCC